AUGGCAGCGCGGAAGCGGAAGGCGCGGGCGAUGGCGGCGGGCGGCGCGGCGCUGUGGCGGCGGUUCUCGGCCUGGCUGCCACGGGGCCGCCUCGGCCUGACCGCGCUGCUCGGCCGCCUCUCCGACCGCCUCUCCCGCGGUCGCGACCGCCGCACCCGCAGGUCAUCAUGGCUGCUUCUGGCCCCACUGCUCACCCCUCCUAUUCCAGUGAUCACAGCCCCACCGUGUUCGCUCUGUCCAGAAGGAGCGCACAGGUUCCAGUGGAUCAGGAAUCUGGUCCCAGAGUUUGGGAUCUCCAGCUCGCAUGUCAAGGUGCUUUCAUCCCCAGCGGAAUUCUAUGAACUCCUGAAGGUGCAGAUAAAAGCAGCCAAACAGCGGGUGGUGAUGGCCUCAUUGUACCUUGGAACAGGACUCCUUGAGCAGGAGCUGGUGGAUUGCUUAGAAGAAACACUGGAGAAAUCACUGCAAGCAAAAGGCUCACCCGACCUCAGAGUUUCCAUUCUCCUUGACUACACCAGGGGUUCCCGGGGCAGGAAGAAUUCUCGGACAAUGCUGAUCCCGUUGCUGCAGCGAUUUCCUGAGCAAGUCCGUGUGUCCCUCUUCCACACCCCAAACCUGCGUGGACUUCUCCGGCUCCUGAUUCCAGAGCGUUUCAAUGAAACCAUUGGGCUGCAGCACAUCAAGGUCUAUCUCUUUGAUGACAAUGUGAUCCUGAGUGGUGCAAACCUGAGUGAUCUGUACUUCACCAAUCGUCAGGACCGCUAUGUGUUGCUGCGGGACUCCCCUGAGAUCGCAGACUUCUUCACGGAGCUCGUGGACGCGAUUGGAGAUGUGUCCCUGCAGUUACAGCAGGAUGAUACCGUCCAGAUGAUGGAGGGAAUGGUGCACCCGUACCAAGGAGACAAAGUGGCUUACUGCGAGAUUGCCAACCGGAGGGUCAUGGAGGUCAUCAACUCUGCCCGGACACGGCAGGAGCUCCUUCAUGCAAAGACUUUCCACAGCAGCCAGGCAGGCAGCUCCCUGAUAUCCCAGCAAGGCUCUCAAGCAUCUGGGAGUCUGAAACCAGAACCUGACACCUGGAUCUAUCCCUUAAUCCAAAUGAAACCUUUUGGGAUUCAAAUAGAUGAGAUGGUCACAGAGACACUGCUGACCGAGGCGGAGCGGGAUGCCAGGAUAUACCUCACCACUGGCUACUUCAACCUGACACAGGCCUACAUGGACCUCAUCCUGGGCACAAGGGCUGAGUACCGGAUCCUCCUGGCCUCGCCAGAGGUCAAUGGGUUUUUUGGUGCCAAAGGGGUGGCAGGUGCCAUCCCUGCUGCCUACGUUUACAUUGAACAUCAGUUUUACAGCGAGGUCUGCUGCCUGCAGCAGCAGGAGAGGGUGCAGCUGCAGGAGUACUCCCGCGCCGGGUGGACGUUCCACGCCAAAGGCCUCUGGCUGUACCUGGCAGGGAGUGACCUGCCCUGCCUGACCCUGAUUGGCUCUCCAAAUUUUGGAUAUCGAUCAGUUCAUCGAGACUUGGAAGCUCAGGUUGCGAUAGUGACAGAAAAUAAAGCCUUGCAGCAGCAGCUCCAUCAGGAGCAAGAGCAGCUUUACCUCUGCUCAGGAGUGGUCUCAACAUCAACGUUUGAGCAGCCAAAUCGUUAUGUGAAGCUGUGGGUGAAGCUGGUGACACCUCUGAUCAAGAAUUUCUUUUGAAAGAAGAAAAUUUGCUGCUUUGGGUUGAAGGUCCAGACGUAGGUGGGCCCUCGCGUCCGUGUCUUAUAGACAGGACAUUCGUAGAUGUUGCUGGUGUCCAUGCGGUCCACGGGGAUGGCUCUGAGCAGGAUGACCGGCAUCGCAGGCGUCAGCUCCUUCAUCCGCGCGUCGGCGAUCGACCCCGAGGGGACGUCCCAGCGCGCACCUGCAACGUGACAGCGCCGUCAGGGCACCCUGACACCUUCCCCGGGGCUUCUCGCUGGAGGGGCUUUGUGCAGAACUACUGAUGGGUGGGAGCUCAAAGGUUAAGGUUGGGUAGAGUGGCUCAGCAGUGGUUAGGUCUGACAUGUUCUCAUCUCACUGUGACCCAGGACUGCAUUUGCCUUACUGUGUGUGGGAUGUCUGAAUAAAUUCUGUCCCCACCCCUCCCUUCA